GAAACGAAAUACCUAUAUUUGAGCCCCCAUUCGAACUGUAUCGCCCGCUGUAUUCAAUGCGCAGACAGGCUACUCCAAAAUCUCCCGAAAGUUGAUAAUUAUCUGAAAUGUUUAGCGUCAUGGUGGAACUGUGGACCAUCUUGGUUCUGGGACUGAGUUCUUCUGUGGCAGCAAGAGGAGAGCACUGCAAGCCUCUGAAAAUCGACUUUUGUCGAAAUGUGAGCUACAACAUAACGUGCCACAAUCCCCGCGGGAUGCGCAUGUACAUGAAGGACGGCGGCGCUGAAUUGAUGAAACGGCUCAUCGACACGCACUGUUCGCCCUAUACAGCCGAGUUGAUGUGUCGUGUGGUCGCGCCACAAGGGGAUCCGCAAACCGGAGACUACACCACGCCGUGCCGUGCGCUCUGCACGAGGGUACAGAAGGACUGCGAGCAGGUGGCGAGAGAGCGAGAUAUCCCCUGGCCGCCGCGGAUCAGAUGCUCAGCUUUACCAACUAUCAAUCACCGUCACAUCGCCUGUGUGAAGCCUUUGGAUCUGGGAGCACAGCCAAAUCCAGAGCCAACAUGUGAGGCCAUCAAUAUCCCGAUGUGUAAAGAAGAAUCGUAUAAUCAAACGGUGUAUCCAAACCUUCUGGGCCACACUAACCAGGAGGAUGCCGGCCUUGAGAUAAAUGUAUUUUAUCCUUUAGUCAGAGUUGAAUGCUCUGCACAUCUGAGGAGCUUUCUGUGCUCUUUGUUCGCCCCCGAGUGUGUUAACGGACGGCCGCGGCCCCCGUGCCCAGCUUCCUGUGAGCUAGCUCGGGCUGGCUGCGAAACGCUGAUGAAUAAAUUUGGUUUUCGAUGGCCGGAAAGUCUCCGGUGUGAAAAAUUCACCAUGGAGAAACGUGAUCCUGUGGAUCUGGGAGCAGAGCCAGGGCCAAAGCCAGAGCCAACAUGUGAGGCCAUCAAUGUUCCGAUGUGCAAGGAAGUAUCAUAUAAUCAAACAGUGUAUCCAAACCUUCUGGGCCACAGCACCCAGGAGGAUGCAGGCCGGGAGAUGCAUCAAUUCGAUUCUUUGGUCAAAACUGAAUGCUCUGCCCAUCUGAGGAGCUUUCUGUGCUCUGUGUACACCCCUGAGUGUGUUGACGGACGGCCGCGGCCCCCCUGCCUAUCUACCUGUGAGCUAGCACGCGACGGCUGCACGCCGCUAAUGAAGAAAUUUGGCCUUCAAUUGCCGAUAACACUUCAGUGUGAACAUUUCACUAUGGAGUCCUGUGGUUACGUUGAGGAGCAGAGCCCUACAUCCAGGACACUGAUAGAUACUGCUGAGCGGGUGGUGAAUAUGAGGCUGAAUGCUGAGGAGGUGCUGGCCAAGCUGGAGGAGGAGGGGUCAGCUCUACGUGGCCAGUCUCUGAGUCUCGAAACAGCCCACAUCCUGGUGACCUUCAAAGAUAAAGAUAAAUCUGGCUACCUUGAUAUACUGGAGUAUUCCAACCUCAGCAAAUAUGUACUUGGCACCAAGAAGGAGUUCGCUGAGAGCUCCGAGGCCAACCUGGGAUUCAUCUCUUCAGCCCAAUUCAAUAAUACUCUGGCAGCCAAAGAUCUGGCCGUAGAUGAGCAGACCUUCCAGGCUCUGUGGCGCCGCUACGGCUCCCAGGGAGCCCUCAUGUAUGACAACUACAUGGAGGUGGUUACUAAACUGCUCCUUCUAAAAGAGCGCUACCAGACCAGCUUCACUUUCAAUCAGUUCAUCCAGGCCGUUAUAAUGUGAAGCCAACCACCACCACAACCCAGAGAACUUUCUUUAACCUUGUUUAGCUGUGUGAUUUGUUUUCUGAGUAGCAAAAAUAUUCAAUCAGCUCAUGGAAACUUGUUCGGACCUGACUAACAGGUCAGCCGUUCAAUAUAAUCAACUUUUGCAAAUAAAAUAACAUUUUGUGGACGUUGAACAACC